AUGAGGUGUGUCUCUCUCGUCUCGGCGGCAGCCGUUGCUGCGGCUUUCGUCAUUCCAGAUCAGGCUACUUUCGAGUCCCUGUCUAUUGAGAACCAGGAGACCGACUAUCCUUGCGAACAUCCUUUUUGGAACAAAGAGCACCAGGCCGAGUCUUUCUGGGAAGAUCUUGAAGAGGAGUUUACAAAGGCUGCUGACUCGGCCAAACACGCAUUUGCAGAGCUCGUCGAUUUGACACACGACACAGCUGUCAGCUAUGGCGAAGAUUUCCAGGACGCCUUUGCUGGCGAGGCCUGGUUAGACUCCGCAGAAUAUGAUUUGGAUCUGUUUGAUGAGCCUCCCCAUCACGGUCCGCCGCACCAUCCGCCGCACCAUGGCCCUCCGGGCAAGAAGCCUCGCCGCCCCCAUCACCCCCACCAUCGCUCGAAUCAGACUAUCUGGGAACUGAUCUCGAAGAGUAAAUAUACGACCAAACUAAGCGCUGCCGUCAAGGAGUUUCCAGACCUCGUCGAGCUGCUGAAUAGCACUAAAACCAACCACACCAUCUUUGCUCCGACAGAUCGAGCGUUCGACAAGAUCCCCAAGCAUGCGCCAAAGCCACCCAAAGAGUUUUUGGAGAAGCUCUUGACAUACCACGUCUCGCCUGAAUUCUAUCCUGCUCCCCGUAUCCUGGUCAGCCGGACCAUCCCAACUGCUCUCGAAGCCAGGUUCAUCGGAAAAGUGCCCCAGCGGCUCUCCACUCAAGUCUCCUUGAGAGGCUUAACUGUCAACUUCUACUCUCGCAUCGUCGCCAUCGAUAUCUUUGCAACAAACGGAGUCAUCCAUGGCAUCGACAGCAUCCUGCUUCCUCCGCCGAAGGCUGUCGAUAUCAUCUCAGCUCUCCCGGGGGAGUUCAGCACCCUGGACCUUGCUCUGGAGAAGACUGGUCUCUAUGCUGCUUUCAACGACACAUCAAGCCACUCGGGAGGUACCUUGUUCGCACCCUCCAACUUUGCUUUCAAACGUCUUGGCCCAAAAAUCAAUGCCUUCCUUUUCAGCAGGUUUGGCCUGAAAUAUCUGAAAGCCCUGAUCUUGUACCAUGCUGGUGACAACAUCACGCUCUACUCCGACGCCAUUUACAAACUCGACGCGGAUACCAGCUCAGCACCUCAUCACAAGGUGCCCAAGGGAUUCAUUCAUGUGGAUCUUCCGACGGGCCUCGAAGGCAAGAGUUUGAGCAUUGACAUUGCUCGUUUCGGUCGGCUCAUAACUAUGAAGAUCAAUGGUUUCAGUCGGGUUGCCGUCCUAGAUGGCAUUGCCGCUGAUGGUGUGAUCCAUGUUGUUCCCAACGUCCUCAUACCACCGAAGACACCUGGUGGAAUCGCGGUCGCCGAGGAUAACAUGGACCUGGAUGAAUUCAAAGAAAGGCUUGCACCGUUUGUAGAGCCAGACGAGAGCGAGUGGGUCGAGGAAGACCCUGAAUUGUAG